UUGAUUUCCACCAAGCAGCCAAUUUCCAUUCAAUGAAAGAUUCUUUUUUUACAGAAGCUACAACGGCUCUUCGUGACCAAUUAGUCAAAGAACCCCGGACUAAUCACAAUUUACCGUUGGAGAUGACACGUGGCUCUCAUCCCUCCAUCUGUACCCAUCGCUCAGCUUUGGAUUCCACUUCUUCUUCUUCUUCUUCUUCCACUCCCUUUUCUCUCCUCCUUAUUUACCUUUCCGACCAAGCAGCAAAAAAAAAUUUAAAAAAAAAAAUUAGAAAAGUUCCACUCCAGCUCUCCACUUCACCAACCUUGACGCUCUAAGUAUUCUCCUCUCAUCCAUUGGCUUAUCUUCAACGGCUAGAAUAUUUCCUUCCUUGGGGCCCUGUCUCUCCUCUCCUCCUCGCUUAAUUACUACUUGGAAUCUUCUAAAUUGUAAUGGAUAGUCUGAUUACCUAGCAAUGCCGCCGGGGAAGGAUGAAAGACGGCGCUUGCUUCGGUGCUUCAUUACCAUUCUUGAUCUCUUCUUUACGAUCCUGGUUUGGACACACCGGACGGAGGCGGUCAGGUUUGACUUCUCCACUCUGACUCUGGGAAGCCUCAAGCUCCUCGGCGACGCGCACCUCAAGAACGGCAGCAUACGGCUAUCGCGAGAUCUCCCCGUCCCGAAUUCCGGCGCCGGACGGGCGCUUUUCGCGGAUCCCGUGCGCUUCCGCCACCAGACGACCGGUGCCGUGCUCCCUUUCUCCACCUACUUCUCCUUCUCCGUCGUCAACCUGAAUCCCUCUUCUAUCGGCGGUGGCCUCGCCUUUCUUGUCACCGCCGACGACCGCGCUCUCGGCGAACCUGGCGGGUUUCUCGGUCUCAUUAGCCCUUCCGCUGCUGGUCCCGCCGUCGUCGCCGUGGAAUUCGACACGCUAAUGGAUAUGGAGUUCGAGGACAUCAACGAUAACCAUGUCGGAGUGGAUCUCGAAAGCAUGGUGUCCGCUCAGGUUGCCGAUCUCGAUUCCGCCGUCAUUAAUCUGAAGAGCGGCAAGCUCAUAAAUGCAUGGAUUGAAUACGAUUAUCCAGGGGUUCUCCAAGUAUUCGUUUCAUACUCCACCGUUAAACCGUUGAAUCCAGUUCUGGACUUUCCCGUCAACCUCGCGCAGUUUGUCGAUGAGUUUAUGUUCGUGGGAUUCUCCGGCUCGACCCAGGGGAGCACAGAGAUCCACAGCAUUGAAUGGUGGAGCUUCUCCUCCCCUCCUUCCUCUCCACCCACGGCUUCCACUGCUUCGCCGCCGCGACAGUCCUCCCCUGUUUUUACCAAAAAUUUGGGCCCGCCUCCUCCAGCCGCCGUGGCUCCGGCCGUUCCUAUUUCUGUAGCCGAGGGCCCGAGCAAGAGCAACGGAAGCAUUAAACCCCCAUCCUCUUCGUCCUGCCGCAACAACAGCCUAUGCCGCCAGGGUCCCGCCGCCGUGGUCGGCGUCGCUACCGCCGGCGCUUUCUUCAUCGCCGCCUGUGCCGCGCUAGGCUUCUGGGCCUUCACCCGAAGAACCAAAUCAGUCAAAAAAUGGGACGCCUUGGUUGCGGCGGCGGAGAUAGUAAAAUCCCCCCGUGAAUUCAGCUAUCGCGAGCUCGUCACCGCUACCCGCGGCUUCAACUCCUGCCGAAUCAUUGGCCACGGUGCGUUCGGCACGGUCUACAAGGGCAUCAUUCCAGAAACAGGCGCAAUGGUGGCCGUAAAGCGUUGCAUCAACGGCGGCAGUGGAGGCGGCGACCAUUGCGCCUCACAGGGGAGGUCGGAGUUCUUAUCAGAACUAUCGAUCAUCGCAAGCCUAAGACACCGGAACCUCGUCCGGCUCCAGGGAUGGUGCCAGCAAAAAGGAGAGAUUUUGCUAGUAUACGACUACAUGCGACACGGUAGCCUCGACAAAGCGCUGUUCGAUCCCUCCAUGCCGGCGCUCUCUUGGAGGCACCGGCGGAAGAUCCUCGCGGGCGUGGCCUCCGCCUUAGCAUACCUCCACCACGAAUGCGAGCGGCAGGUGAUCCACCGAGACGUGAAGUCGAGCAAUGUGAUGCUCGACGAGGACUUCCACCCCCGGCUCGGCGACUUCGGCCUCGCUCGGCAGGUAGACCACGACCGCUCUCCCGAUGCCACCGUUACCGCCGGCACAAUGGGCUACCUUGCUCCGGAAUACCUCCUCACCGGUCGCGCCUCUGAUAAAACCGAUGUCUACAGCUUCGGCGCCCUCGUUCUCGAGGUCGCCUCCGGCCGUCGCCCCAUCGACGACCGUCGGCGGGGCAGCCUGGUCGAAUGGGUUUGGGGGCUUCACGGAGAGGGGAGAUUGCUGGAAGCGGUUGAUCCGCGAAUGGAGGGAGAGUUCGAGGAGAGGGAGAUGAGAAGGGCUUUGCUCGUGGGAUUAGGGUGUUCAAGUCCUGAUCCGGCGAGGCGUCCUGGAAUGCGAAGUGUGGUGCAGAUGCUCGGCGAUGAGGCGGAACCGCCGCAUGUGCCAGCGGCAAAGCCGUCGAUGAGUUUGAGCUCUAACCACCAACUACUACUCAGCCUCCAAGAUAGCGUCUCCGACUACAACGCCAUCAAUGGCCUCAACUUCUCUUCGACAUCUUCUUCAUCGUCUCUCACAAGCAUUCUUAGAGGCGGUGGUGGAGCUGGAGGAGGUCCUGCUGACGCCUCCUCCGCCGGGGGGUGAGUCUUACCGGUCGGUGAUUCAUUCUCACGUUCUCCUUUGGUAUUCGUCGUAUAAGAGUAUAUUAAUUAAGUUAUUAACAUGGCUUCAAAAAUUAUUUAUAAUAAAGCAGUAAUAUUAUUAUUUAUUA